GUCCAGCUCACCUCUUGCCAUGUGGUCACGAAAUGCUCUCGCCUGCUGCUCAAAGCAGUCAAGAGCAGCAUGCGCGCAGCUUCGCUCGCGCACGCUCGCGACGGUGACGGACGCCGCUGGACCGUCCUCCGCUCCCACUAGCACGCCAAAAGCCUCACCUUCGCGCUCGUCUAAAGCGAGCAUUCAAGCCGCUGUAGUCCUCAAUCGUUCACCCAUCAUCACCCGAACGCCGAACCCCCUCGAACGCGCCUACUACGCCUACCAAUCCCGCAUCCAGCGGGCGCUCUUCAACCCCUUCCCGGACGAGUUCUACUUCAGGCCCGGCUCGAUCCUCGAGGGUCAGUUUAAUGCGGAAGAGAAACAACGUGAAAAGCUUGCGUUCGGCGGCCCGAGUGUGAAGGAGAAGCCCAUUCAGACUUUGGUGGACUCGGACGAUCAGGUCGGGAAGCAGCAGCAGCAGCCCAUGCCGAGGAUCCAUGAAGCCGACAUCAAGGGGGAUGUCCGGAGCCUUGACAGGCAAAUGGAGCGGAACCUCUAUCUAUUGGUGCAUGGCAAGGACUCGGCGGGGAAAGACGUGUGGAGGUUCCCGCAGGGAGGCGUUGAGGAGGGCCAGGCAUUGCACCAGGCCGCUGAGCGAGAUCUCUACGCCGAGUGCGGCGAGGAUAUGGACACAUGGGUUGUAAGCCGAAAGCCAAUAGGUGUGAUGGAGCCAUCAAGUGCGAGUGCAUCGUCACCACAGGCAUAUGUGUUCUUCUACAAGGCGCACAUCCUUGCCGGUCAGGCAACGCCCAACGGCAAGACCGUAAAGGACCUCGCAUGGCUCACAAAAGAGGAGAUCGAAUCUCGGGUAGACCAGCAGUACUGGGCUUCGGUGAAGGAUAUGCUAUCAGACUCCUAAUGUACCUGCAUCUACUCUACUUUGCUACCCAGGGUUUAGAGCAUCGCUGUCGCGAAG